AAAGAGACACUACAGCUGUGCGCAUUAGGAUGUGCAGUUAAUUCCACCAGCAUAGGACAGCGCUUGUGUGUAAAGAGGUUGCCGUUGUUUAACGUUUUGUUAUCCAACACGGAUUAGAGUUCAGCCAAGUGAAGAUACUGCUUUGGAAAAGAUAGACAUUCAUUUUCAGCUGCGUCUUUUGUGAGGGGGAAAAAAGGAAGAAAAUUGUGCAAAUUUGGGGAGUUUAGUGGGACCGGCGAAUCUGUCAGGAUGUCGGACCUGUCUGUGAAUGAUCAUUUGGAGGGGAUACUGUCAGACUUUGAGGCAUUGAAGAGAUCCUUCGACACUGACAAUGUGGACGAUAUCCCUACAUUUUCUCCCACCUCUCCCCUCAACUCUCCCUUCAGCCCCUCACCCAGCACCCUUAUCCUGACCAAGACCAAUGAGGGCAGAGGACCUACCGCCCACAUCCAGCCAACUUACCAGUCAAGGAUCAGCAUCAGCUCUAGCCCGGCCCCCAGUCCAGUCAUAAAGAACAAAAUGGUAUCAAGCCUUUCCUUCAACCGAGGUUCCAUGGCCAUGGCCAAAACUAACGGUAACACUGGGUCCAGCAUCACUCGGGUCUCCUCCUUCCAGACCAAGUUUAACCCCAAUGGCUUCUCCUCGUCCUGUGGGCCGGGAAGCGACAAUGACAGCCUCCAUAGCUCCACCUCCAGCCUGGAAUACCAGGCAUCCUCCAAACUCGGCUCCUGCGCCAGCCCUCCCCAAAGCCCAAUGGGGAUGAGCGACUUCAAAGCCCAGCGCAUCUGCAGCCCAGCACUACAGAAGUUCUCCUCCCAUGGCAACAUGUUCCAUUCUGAAGCAGAGCCACCUCUUGUCUUGCCCGCAGAACCCAUGGGGGUGAACCACGGUUCAAUGCCUUCUCUGGAUCUACGCAUCACUGAAAGUCGAGGGGCUGGAAAUGCCAGAUCACCAAGCAUGGGGUACCGCAGCACUGGUCCCACUUGGAAUGCUGCCUCUCUCAGGCAGAACUCCGGGCCUCUUGGAAGGGAGCCCUCUUUCACUUCCGGUACCCAGUCUCCCAAACCAAAGGAACCCACAAAAUUGAACAAAUUUCCUCUGGAUCUUGAUAACCUGGUGGCCAAACCUCAAGAAGCUCCAAAGGAGGCUUUCCCUAAGCAAGCCCCUAGAUCCCACCCCAAGUUGAGCAGCCCCACCAGCUCAACCAGCCCUGCCGUCUCCAUCAGCAGCUUGGAGACUGUGGCAGCAGGGAUCCACAGCAAAACAGCCAAAGCUGGCUCCAUGCCCCCUCCAGGGCGCUUCCCAGUCCCCAGUGUCAGUGAGUCUCCUGUCCAACUUUCACCGCCCCAGACACCCCAGUUCCGUCUUGUCUCGCAGCCCCAAGUUGUGCAGCUCUCCCCAGUAGCUCAGCCCCCAACUGUCCAGGGCAUGGUUACCCAGAAACCCCAGAUCAGCGAGGAGCCUGCCCAGGGGCCCCCUCCACAGAAGGACAGUGUAGGCUCCAUACUUCAGAGAAUCGCCUCGUUUUCUCGAGCUGACAACACAGGAGGACCCAGGCCAAAGGAGAACAAAUACCAUGGAAACAAGCAGGAAAGGGAGGAGCCGCCAGGUCAGAGGGAGGCUGAACAGAGAAUGAAGAAGCUGGAAGCGGAAAAGUCCAUGGCAGAGCCUCAAUCAAAACCAGAUCCUGACCCUGAGCCCAAGACUGAGGCAACUGUGACAGGCCAGGAUCUCUUCGGCUAUGUGGGUAUAGAGUCUGUACUGGACCAGAUGAAACGCAAGGCCGUGAAGACUGGGUUUGAGUUCAACAUCAUGGUUGUAGGUCAGAGUGGCCUGGGCAAGUCGACCCUGGUUAACACUCUUUUCAAAUCCAAAGUGAGCCGGAAAUCCUGCAAUCCCUCCUUUGAGGAGGGCAUCUCCAAGACAGUGAACCUACAGUCCAUCAGUCACGUUAUUGAAGAGAAAGGAGUCAAAAUGAAGCUGACCGUGAUCGACACACCAGGGUUCGGAGACCAGAUAAACAAUCUGAAUUGCUGGGAGCCAAUUAUGAAAUACAUCAACGAGCAGUACGAGAAAUAUCUGAAGGAGGAGAUCAACAUUAACAGGAAACGCAAAAUCCCAGACACCAGAGUCCACUGCUGCGUCUACUUUGUACCCCCUACUGGCCAUUGUUUACGCCCCCUGGACCUGGAAUUUAUGAAGCGAUUGGGUAAAGUAGUGAGUGUCGUCCCAGUGAUUGCCAAAUCUGACACCCUUACCCUGGAUGAGAGACAGCGGUUCAAAGAGCGGAUUCGACAGGACCUAUGGACCAAUGGAAUCAAAGUGUACCCACAGAAAGAGUACGAUGAGGAUGCAGAAGACAGAAUAUUGAACGACAAAAUCUGGGAAAAGAUCCCCUUUGCAGUGGUGGGCACAGACAAAGAGCACCAAGUGAAUGGAAAAAACGUCCUGGGCAGAAAAACCAACUGGGGAGUGAUUGAAGUUGAAAAUGUUGCACACUGCGAGUUUGCCAACCUGAGAGAUCUGCUCAUCAGGUCCCACCUGCAGGAUCUGAAAGAUGUCACACACAACAUCCAUUACGAGACCUACCGGGUUCGGAGAUUAAACGAAAGCAACUUGAAUGGCAUUGGACUUUCAGCAUCGCCUCUGGCCUCCAUGAAUGGCACGGCGGUGAGAAAGGAGUCAGAGAGCAACCUUUAAGAGGAAGGAGGGAAACCAAAACAAAGUCAUCAGAUAGUGGUUUUGGCUGUCCUACCCCCAUUUCUUUAUCCCCUCCUCCUGCAGUGUACUACAAUAAAAACAGAACCUAGUGUUACCAAGAAAUGGUACUGUAUUGGACAAAGCAGUUUAUUUUAUUUUUCUCCAGUUUGGGGUGAUGAAGUGGCAUGUUGCCAUGGAUACAGAAAGUGGGCCUGGUUGAUGUUGGGUAAUUUUACAGCUGUCCAUGGCAAAAUAAAAAUAAAAAAAAUGGGCAAAUACAAAUAGCCCCCCCAACUAGAGCUUUGAGCUGCCUUAAGCCUUAUAUUUGAGCUCAUCUGUACUUUGUAAAUGCCAAUCUCCCAGUCAGUCAAUCGAAUCUUCAAUGGGGAUCUUGUGUAAUCAUUUGGAAGUGCUUGAAGGCAGACUUGGACAUAGAACCCCCUAAUGAAGCCACAGGCACAGUUAAUAGUUCUCAGCAAGGACAUGCACUGAUCAAGUGUGUUCAUAGCCCACGUUAGACACUUUGAAUUUUUGCCCUUAAUUUGAUCGUUUUUUUGCCUCAUUAAGAUAUUUGAAAGGUGUUAGUAUUGCCAAACAGCAUGCCGAUUUCACGUUAAAAUUGUCAAAAGAAGCCCGUUGGCCAUGAAGCUAAAUGCAAAAUUCUCCAAUUGCUAUAAAAAAUUUAAAAAAAAAAAAAAGAGACUAAAAUUACCGAUUUAACAAGCCCUGCUUACAAAAUCACCUAUUAUGAUUCUCCUUGUAUAUCAUGUUUGUUUGGCAGUAAUGAUAUCCAUUAAAAUAUUCAAGUUAUAUUUGUACUUUGAGAAGGGGGCUCAAAAGAGAUUUACAGACCUGUAUGAAUAUGCAGUAACUUUAUAAUGCAUAGCUCCUGAACAGCAGUGCCAUCUAGCGCCCCUCAAUGUAACCGAAACUCUUCCGCAGAAGACCAAUUUAUUCCAAUGCCUCACUGACAGUAUUGCAUGGCAAGUGUACUGCCUUUCUAAAUGCUGUUAAGUCAAAAACUUCUGCUUGACCCCCCUUUACAAAAUGUUUGUUUUCUCUUCUGGAAUCAAUGAAUCCCUUUAACCGAGAACAGGACUCCAUUUUAAUUUUAAGGCUCAAGUUUAAUCUCCAGUGCAGUUCCGUUGCAUUUCGUUAACAGACUUGCACUGGAGAUUAAAUUAGAGUCGCUCUUGUGCAUAUUGAUUUCUUUAAUGAUUCUGAAUGUUUUGUACUGUAGUAACAGUGUUUUUUUUGUUUAAUAUGACAGUUCAUGUGUGAUUUAAACACACCAUACUCUGUAUAUACUCUUAGCUCAACUGCUUGUUCUCUGCACAGCAAUGCAACCCACCAGUUGCCUUUUUAAAAAGCAGGUUGCCUCGGUUACCUGAACAGGGCUUGCUCCACACACACAAGUAAGCUUGAGGCUAAUACUGGUGAAGUUCCAGUGUUUUAAAGCCAGUACUUAAGAAUGAAGGUAUUACAGUAAACUGCAACAGUAAUAACACAGAUCCUGAUAUUAAAUGUACAGUGACGCUAAUGCAGCAUAAACAAAAUGUUUAAAUCCCAUUGCAUUGUGUUUGAACCAUUUUAGGUUUUGCAAAGACCCAAGCCAUGGCUAAGCUUUCUUGAGCUACUACCAAAACUAAAAGCUGGAGUGGUUCAAACUGCCAUAGUGUUUAUAAUCCACCCUUGUUUUGGAAAUGUCAGCCUUCCUUUUCUUGUGAAAGAUGCCUUCAAUAGUCUCCACAUUCAGGGAUCCAACCGCUAGCACUGUGAGAAUGCAUAGGAUUUUCUAAGUCAGUAUUAUCACACCAGAGCAGUAUACUGGCACUCUUUCUAAGUCCACUGUACCACCAGGACUGUAUCACAUCCCAGUUACAUAUAGAAAACCAAUUUGUGGUGCAAUACCAAACAGUAAUACUAGUGACAAUGUUACUAAAACUAUUGAAAAGCUAUUAAAAAUUACUAUAAUUAUUACAGGUACUUUUCAUGGAUAAAAAUGGGGGGGGGAGGACCAUUUUUCAGGCAUUUGAAUAAACCAAACUUUUUAAAGCUUUUAGUAAACUCCCAGCUAUGCUGAAGAAUAGUUACUGGUACUGGUAUGUAACAUUUCAAUAGCAUUAAUGCAGUUGUUAUGGCCUCCACAAAGUGACAUAUUUUGAUUUUCUUAUAUCAUCUUGUGGCAAAAUUAUUAAAAGCAAAACAAGAAAUCGUGGAUUAACAGGCAAGAAUAAUAAAGCACACCCAAAAUAAGUAAACAAAUUAUUUUCAAAUCAGUCACUAAAUUCAUGGUGCUUUUGGUUACUAAGGGUAAGGGGGUUGCCAGUUUUACUGUCACUGUUAUACUCAUUUAUAUCCCAGCCUCUUAUUCUGCUGUCCUGCAAUGAAAUGGGCUGCAAAGUUUUAAUGUAAAUGUUUAUGGAUUUUAUUAAAAGUCACAGAGAUGAGCUA